AUCUCCAUGCUCUACUAAGUUCAAUUCGCACCAUAACUAUGACUCUCAGAUCCAAAUAUAUUGCGCAACUAUUCGACCUGUGUUGCAAAAGCUGCUCAUUCAUGCUUUCCUGGGACCUAGGGAGACUAUCGAUGGUGAUUCACCAGUCAUCGUGCCCAAUAUCCGGUCUUGAUAGAAUAAAGACAACGAAACGUACACAAGACGUAAAGAUAUUGUCGCUGCAGUUUCCUCGCCGUGACCGCCUUGUUCCCAAUAAUGCUCCUCGCAAGCUGAAGUCUAUUGGUUCUUGCGGCUCUCUAAUCAAGAAAUACACAGAUGAGCGAGAGCUGGACAGUCUAGUCGACAUUCCGGAAGCCGUUGAUGACCUCUCCAAGCUAUAUAGCGACAACAUGAAGGAGUUCGCUGCGGGGUUCUUACCCACUCGCUUCACCCUGACGAUUGCACGAGCCGGAAUCGACUUUUCUUCUGAGAUCGUCCCUUUCAAGGAGCCUGAGGACCAGCCAUCUGACGAAGGCUCUUACACAGAAGAUGAACUUGCCAAAACACGUGGUGAUUCUGAAACGCUUCUCAAAGGCUGGUACGAACAUGCCGAUGUUUCUGGUUAUGGCGACGUACGUUCUCAGACCAAUAAAGUCGACCCUAACGUCCGUAAUGCCAAGGACAUCCCAGCAGGCGACUUCACAGUCUCGGAGAAUCUUUACUCGGAAAUCGAACGAAUCUGGGCUGAGCAAUUCCUCCCAGGCUCUGUUCGCGUCGAGCCUUACAAGAUUCACUUGUAUGGACCGGGGGGCAAGUUUAAAGAGCAUAGAGACACUCCCGAGAAGGACCUCGUCGGGACUUUCCUCAUCGGUCUUGGUGAUUCCACCACAGGAACAUACGGGAAUCUGAGCGUUGGUCGGUUUUGGACUGGUCUGAAAGCGUACCCUGGCAGUUGGGUUGCUUUCUAUCCUGACGUUGCCCAUGAGGUCAAGGAGCUCGAAGAUGGUUAUCGAGCCGUCAUAGCAUUCAAGAUCUUUUGCGAGGAUGCUCCAGCGUCCAUGGGUAUAUCUCAGCCUUCCUUUCAGGCGAAGACGGCCUUGGAGCAAUCCUUGUUCGAUCAGAUGAAAGAAUCGCUUUCGCGACUAGAGGCGCCCUACGGUAUCCUCCUGCAGCACAAAUAUUGUCUCGACACGACAGAGCUGAGCGGUUUAGACAGCAUCCUUUACGCCGCAGCGUCUUCCUUGGUAUCCGAUAUAACAUCCAAUGACAGGAUACACAAGGUUCACUUCCUACCCGUGCUCAUCAACGUGGAUUUCCGGAUGGAGGAUUACGAUUCGAGUGAAAUUGAACGCAUCACUGCUGAAGUGUUCCCUCUCACCCAGACACAUAUUGAUGCUCUAGUCGCCGACGCGUCCAAGUCCUUCCGAAGUCCGGAGUUCGUUGAAGAGAGGGAAUACAUUUUUGGCAACCAACGGGAGCGUCUUGAGGCUCGUGAACGCCGUCAUGACGACGGCGAAGAGACCAACACAUUGGAUGUUGAUGUGUCUAAUACGCCGUUCAGAUGGUUGACGCAAUCUAAACCCAUCCCAUUCUACAGUCUGGAUUUACAAGGCAACAAGUUGACCUGGAAUAUUGAUGAGCAAGAAGGUGUGGAAUUACUCGGGAAUUGUUCACGGCCUGAGUCAGCCGACAGUAUCUAUUUGUCGUAUGCUAUGAUUGUCAUGCCAUACAAGAAGCGGGUGCGCGAUACUCAGCAGUGACUGAAGUAACUACCCCUUACCUUCUACGUUUGGAUAUGUUGUUACUUGUACUCAUCGAUGGACUGUGUCGUUCUCACUGCACCGACUGUUUGACUGUAUGUUCUGUACUAUUACUAGGGGGUGUUGUCAUUGUUCUGCAAUCGGUAGUAUCUGUCUUUUCUGCUC